CUUUUUAAAAAGUGUCAUACGCUCCGAUGACUCUUAUCGCCCACUAGAUCAUCUCAUCUCAUCAUGGAAGCUUAACAGAAAUUUUGAAAUCAAACUGCCAUUUGAAGCUGCAGUGAGAUCAAAAUCCGAUCUGAUUCAACUGAACUUCUCUUUUCAAACCCCUGCCUCAGAGGCACUUACACUAAUGGCGAGAUUAUGCGAAGACUUACCAGAAGAAUGCUGGGAAAUAAUCCUAAAAAAACUUGAUCAUCACUCACAUUUUCAAUCUCUAUCUCUAGUAUCGAAAUCAUUUCUCGGCCUCACUAAUCGCUUCCGUCUCAAUUUCACUCUAACUAAUCAAACUAUUUUCCUCCACGGAACCAUGUCGAAGUUUCUCAACAGAUUUAACCACCUCAAAGCCCUAGAUUUUAGCAAAUUUAAAGGAAAUGUUGAUGAAAUUCUCGAUAGUGUGUUUAGUUGUGGACUGAGUAUCGAGUUUCUAGAUGUUUCGAAUCAGGAGAGACUUCCGGUUUUGACAGGGAAUAUAAGGAGUUUGAAGGUUUUUAAGUGCACGAAUUUAGGUUGUUUGAGUGAUGCUGAUAUAUUGUCGAUAUCUGUUGUGUUGCCGUUUCUGGAAGAGCUAGAUAUUAGUUAUCCGAAUAAUAGUAAAUUUGAUUCAAAUCUAAACUUGAAUAAGUUUAUUGUUACGGAUGCUGGAAUCGAGACGUUGUGGUCUAGUUUAAGGAAAUUGCAGCGAGUCAAUAUUUCUGGUAAUCAUUUCAUUACCGAUCGUUCUGUGGUCGGCUUGUCUAUGAAUUGUUUGCAGUUGAGUGAGAUUGUGAUGUUUGAUUGUUCCUUUAUUACACACAAUAGCUUUCAUUUUAUUUUAUGCAAUUGUCAUCACUUGAGUGUUAUUUCGGCGAAUAGGAUUCAGAUUCCUCCACGUGUUUCAUCCACAUAUGUUAGAGGUUUGUGUUCAGUUGAUUUGUCUGAUUGUGAUACUAUUUCUGAUGAGUUUCUUCUAUCGAUUGCAAAAGCAUGCUGGCCAUUAGAAAGUCUAUCUCUUCGUCGUUGCAGGGGUUUUACAUUGUUUGGAAUCUCACAGCUUUUAAGUGCUUACCCGUCUCUCAAGCACUUGGCUCUUGUAAAAGCACAUUUUCUCACUGAUCAAUGUGUGAGUAAAUUAGCUCGGUAUCUUGUAAAUCUAGUUUCUAUAAACCUCAAUUCAUGUUUCCCUUUGACCACCAUAACAUUUGUUAUGCUUGUUGCUGAGUGCCCUUUACUGGAACACAUCGAAAUGGGUAGAACCUCUGUUGGGCAAGUAGACCAUUUUCUAGUCGUGAAAAACAAAAGGAUUAAGUAUCUCAAUUUGUCAGGGAGCUUACAUGUAAGUGAUAAACUACUCAAAUAUAUAGCUUCAACUUGCCCCAACAUGGAGCUGCUCAACAUUUCCUCUACACAUUACACCACAGAGAUGGGAAUUGCCGAUAUACUGAAGAUCUGUCAUGGAAUGAGGAAUUUUCAAAUCGCUGAUUGUGCUGGUAUUAGUAGUCUAGGAGCAGGCUCCAAGCUUCCCACAUUGGAGGUUUUAAAUGUUGCUAGGUCAGGGUUCGGUGAUGAAGGGUUGGAAACAAUUUCAAAGAGAUGCCCGGGACUUUUAAAGUUGGACAUGGAGGGUUGUGUUGCAGCAACAACAGAACAGGUAGAGGAACUUCUUAGAAGGUGUGAAAAAUUGAGAGAGAUAAAUUUGAAGGAGUGUUCUGUGAAAGUUUUGUCUAUUGCCGCGCGAAUAGUAUCUUUAAGGAGAUCAUAUCUGAAAGUGACUCCUCCAUCUACUUUGUCUUUCAGUAACUACCACAAACAUUUAUGGAGUCACGGCUGUCUGCUCGAAUAGCUUCUGAAUAGGGACAGUACUUCUGCACUUCCACUUGUAAAAAAAAUUUGCAUUUGUUUUUUGAAGAUAUACUCUGUGUGUAGAAUGCAAAGUCAGAUAAGCAAAUAAAGUUUUGUGUUUGUGAACUUAGUAUUGUUUGCAUCAGCUCAAAUACCAAAUGUUGAGGGUACUUGUGUGUGUAAUAUAUAUGAAUUUGACUUUGUUUUA